CGCCAAUGCAAUCACGACUGUCGCUCACCACAGACCUCUCACAUUAUCUCUCUCACUCUUUCUGCUUCACACACUCUUCCUCUGUGUUGCUCACUCACUCGCCCGACGCACUCACACACACGCACAUUUCACCGCUCACUCAAUCGCUUUCUUCCCCCCACCCUCAGUCGUCGCGCUGCAUUCGCACGGACAGACUCCACUUAGGUACAGCUCCUGUGCAGUCUCCAGCUCUUUCCUCUUCUCCAGCUGCAGUGCUCACAAGCAUCUGUUAUGCUCCAGCUCGCGCUCAAAGUGCACACAGUGAGUGGGAUAAUGACUGAAAAGCACCAAAGAGGAAAGCAGGGCGAUAAAAAGAAUUGAAGGGAGCGGAAGGGGGGAAGAGGCUGUUCCUGCGUAAAGGUGGGAGGACAGUUUGAUUCAGUGAAAAUUUGGAUUAAACUGGCUACAUCUCUGCACUAAAGUUACCUCUGAAGGGAAUGAGCUCCACAAAUCCCAGCGUGUAGUCCUGGGAAUUGACUUUUGGGUUUGCCACACCCAACACGGCUCCACACCUCACUUAUUCCGACAAUACAUCACCAUCAGUUGUUUCACUAUAGCUGAGACCUCUCAUCAACAACUUCAACUUGGGGACCGGAACGUCACAAAUUGCCAAUGCUUACAAGGAACUGCCUGCUGCUGUUCCUGUGGAUUCUUGUCAACGAGGAUUCUGUCUUUUCUUUGCAUCCUCCUCCAUCCCCACUGGGACGGAGCAGGAUAGGGAGGGAGCACGCCAAGAGCUUGGUGGGCUCGACGAGGAAGAAUGGAGCGGCCGGUUUUCAGCGGGUCAAGAGAGGAUGGGUGUGGAACCAGUUUUUUGUACUGGAGGAAUAUAUGGGAUCAGACCCACAGUAUGUGGGGAAGCUCCACACUGACCUCGAUAAGGGGGACAGUUCGGUGAAGUACACCCUCUCAGGGGAUGGUGCUGGCUCCAUUUUCACAAUUGACCAAACUACCGGGGACAUCCAUGCCUUAAGGAGUCUUGACAGAGAGGAAAAGCCUUACUACACCCUACGCGCUCAGGCUGUGGACAUUGACACCAAUAUCCCACUGGAGCCUGAAUCAGAAUUUGUUAUUAAGGUCCAAGAUAUCAAUGACAAUGAGCCGAAGUUCCUGGAGGGACCUUAUACAGCCAGUGUUCCUGAGAUGUCACCAGUUGGGACUUAUGUGACGCAAGUAACAGCGACAGAUGCGGAUGACCCAACCUAUGGAAACAGUGCUAGAGUAGUAUAUAGCAUCCUCCAUGGUCAACCAUAUUUCUCUGUUGACCCUAAAACAGGGGUUAUAAAAACAGCUUUGUCCAAUAUGGACAGAGAGGUGAAGGAACAGUACCAGGUAUUAAUUCAGGCCAAGGACAUGGGGGGGCAGCUGGGAGGACUGGCUGGGACCACUGUCGUCAACAUCACCCUCAGCGAUGUCAACGACAACUCACCAAGGUUUUCUAAAAGUUUCUUUCACCUACGGGUUCCUGAAUCCUCUGCAGUGGGCUCUGCUGUUGGCAGAAUAAAAGCCCAUGACUUGGACAUUGGGAGAAAUGCUGAAGUACAGUACACCAUUGUGCCAGGCGACGGAGGUGCCAUGUUUGAUAUUACCACUAACGAACACAAUCAAGAGGGAAUCAUAAUUCUCAAAAGGCCCCUGGACUAUGAAACCAAGAAGGCAUACACCUUCAAGGUAGAAGCUGCGAAUGCUCAUUUGGAUCCACGCUUUCAGAGCUUUGGGGCCUUCAAAGACACUGCAACAGUGAAGAUUAACGUUUUGGAUGUGGAUGAGCCCCCGGUGUUCAAUAAGCCCUCCUAUGUGAUGGAUGUGUACGAGGACACACCUGCAGGCACCAUCAUCGGCGCGGUGACGGCACAGGAUUUAGAUGCUAGCAGCAGCCCAGUCAGAUAUUCCAUUGACUGGAAGAGUGACUUGGACAGCUACUUUGACAUUGAUCCAGUGGAAGGGACGAUUUCCACAAACGAGCUGCUCGACAGAGAGAGCGUCGCCCAACACAAUAUCUCCAUCGUGGCAACCAAACUUA